CCCGCCCUCGCAUUGUAAACUGCAGAGAGGCUGUGGUUGUGAUAGUAAUCUGCCACAGUGGCUUUGGCAGCACGCAGGACCGGAGGAGGGGUUUUACGCACGAGUCCCACUCACGACCAUAAGCAUUUGACAAACUUGUGUAAGAGAGGAGAAGCCUGUUCUCAUGGUGGGUCCUUCAUCUGCCCGUCGAGGACACCGCUGGAAGUGAAGUGCUGGCUGAUUGAAUGUCACCUCCAGUCACCAUGGAUUACGGACGGACCAUGGCCCCUCCGGUGCCCCCGCACAAACCCAGUCCUGCCCUGCCAGGGCAAGCGCAGGAGCGGCUGCUGAAGUGCGUCCUGCUCGGCGACGGAGCGGUGGGCAAAACCAGUCUGGUGGUCAGCUACACAACGAAUGGCUACCCAACCAAAUACGUCCCUACUGCAUUUGAUGACUUUUCAGCUGUGGUUCAGGUGGAUGGAAACCCAGUUAGACUACAGUUGUGUGACACUGCAGGACAGGAUGAGUUUGACAAACUCCGCCACUUCUGCUACAGUCGGACCGACGCUCUGCUGCUCUGCUUCAGUGUGGUCAGCCCAGCUUCCUUUCAAAACGUCUGGGAGAAAUGGGUCCCCGAAAUCCGCCGCCGCUGCCCUCUCACACCCGUCCUCCUCGUUGGCACACAGUGCGACCUGCGGCAGGACGUCAAGGUUCUGAUCGAGCUGGCGAGGCGGCGGGAGAGGCCGGUGGCAGAGGAAGACGCCAGAGCGCUGGCAGACAAAAUUGGGGCAGUGACGUACGUCGAAUGCUCGGCGCUCACGCAAAAGAAUCUGAAGGAGGUGUUUGAUGCAGCUAUCGCUGUGGGGCUGCGGCAGUCUGACAGGAGAGCCCGGCGGGAGAGGAAGGUCCGCAGCACAGCUGAUAAGAUGAAGAUGCUCUCAAAGUCCUGGUGGAAAAAGUACGUGUGCGUCCAGUAGGGAAUGAGAAGACAAUCUUCCUGUGUCCGAUGAUAAAACUGGAACUUGUUCAGGAGGACUGAGUUGGAUAUAAGGACUUCUGUUUUCAGGCUCACCUGGACGACCCCAGAUGUGUCCAAAAAUUACUUUGAUCAAUGGAGCAACAGUUCAACAGAGGCAGAGCAUUUCCUCUGGGCUGUAGUGGUUGCAGGUUGGGCAGAAAACAUCCCUUCCUGAUUUCUCCUGAUUUCUUGAUGCCUGAAAGACUGAGAGGCUGUAACCACUGUCUGCUCCUCAGAGCCAGUUUGAACUGUUAAUAUGACUUUGACCAGCAUUCAACCAAAAAUUAUGGAGCUAAUAAAAUUUUAUGGCGCAUGAUGGAACUGCAUAUCAUACUGGACUUGUCCAAAGGAAAUGUGAGCUGCCUUGGAGGGGAGGUGUUCAGACGGUGAUGUUAUGUACUAAAAGUAUACUCCUCCUUUAUGUCUGGUUUGGUACCAUUCUUUAACAAAGUAUAUGAUUUUAUGUGUUCUACACUGUAAUUCAGCCCCCACCACCUCUGAUAGAUAUCUUUAUUUCACUGAAUUCAAAACAUGAAGUUAAUAUAAACUGAUCAGCUUAAAUGCUCAAAUCAAAGAUGCAAUUAUUUCACUGCAGAAAAUCAAAACCAGUCACACACCUUGUUUUCUUAAAUCAGAGAAAUCUCAAAUGACAAAAUAGUAAAAUCUGCUUCUGACCAGAUUUAUUUUAACUUGUCUUUUGGAUUACAAUCAAAUGUAUAUGAGUAUAAAUUUUUAUGAAAUCUAUGAGUUCUUGAGGAUGCGUACGACUGGUUUGAACAAUGCAUGUUGUACUUCUUCUUGUAGGGAUUUCUCUACACCAGCCUGUGUCUGUGCCACAUUUGUAAGUGUUGAUACAGAUGUCACAUUGUUAGUCGAGCCACACAGUUAGAGGUCUGCAAGCUCCUCACCAAUACGCACCUACUGGAUUGAUACUAUAAAACGUUAAUGAAAAGAAUAAAAUUCCUGCACAGGAUAUUAAACUAAAAAGAUGUCUGCUGUAGGUUUUGGCAAACUGAGACAUUUCAGUUGUUCACUUUGACUGAGUUUUUCAUAAAACAUUGUCACUGUUACAAGGUUGCAGCAAUAAGUUGCAUGGUGCCACUGUACAUUGCACUUAUCACACACAGUCCAAACACAUCACUGCCAUGCAAUGGCCUUUGGACCAGUGGUGUGAAAACUUAAGAGUAGGGUAUACGAUGAGUGUUUACCUCCUGAAUUUUCCUUUUAAUAGGUGUCUGAGCAGGUAGAGCAUUAGCGGUGCUGGACUUUAAUCAGUAGCAGAAGUGGCUGCCUUGCACUACACCACUGGUUUGGAUGAUCACAGGGUCUUUCUUUGUCAUUAUAGUGAGGGCCUUAAACAAACAAUUAUCCAUUUUUGUCGGUCAGUAUAUUGGAGCUCUCUCCUCUUCUGAAAUUAUACAGUAAAUGAGGUGAAACCACCAAGGAGACUGAUUCUAUGUUUGCUUCUUAUUUUUCAGAAGCCUGUCAUUCAGCUCUGUCUAUUUAUCUGUUCCUUCUGGGCCAAUAACUGAUCAUCAGCAAUACAGAGCAGAUUUAUGAAAUGUCGUAUGUCAUUAUGUAUGUUACAUAGUACUCAUUUAUGAUGUUUGUAAUGUCAUCAGGAUAAAUCUGUGUACAUAUAUAAUUGACUCAGUCAUGUCCAGUGCCUGAAUGGUACUUUAUGGUAUGAGUGUUUCAGUUGAUGUCUGAGCAGUUUGCUGAGCUGUAUGAGAGGAACAAAAUAAAAAUGUGAAAUAUUUAACCGGU